AUGAGGUCGGGCCUUUCGCUCCCCCGCGUCGUGUCUCGAACCGAAGUUAACAGCAACAAGUUAAGGCUCUUGCGAGAGCUAGAGAAGAACCCCAAGUGGAAGACUGAAGGGUUCUAUUUCCAAUCCAAUAAUAAAGCCAGACUCCCCCAACUUUCGGUAUUGAGGCAAAAGUUGGCAGUACUGUUUCCAUAUGAACCACAAAAGCCAUUCCCCAAGUGUAUCUGGCAAACCUGGAAAGUUGGUGUAGACGAUCCAACUUUUCCUUUGAUGUACAAAAGCUUUCAACAACAAUGGAGCCAAAUCAAUCCCGGCUACAAGCACAAUGUAUUAGCAGAUAAUGAUUGUCAUGAGAUGGUUGCAAAAUUAUACACGUCUGUCCCUGAAGUGGCAAAAGCAUAUCAGCUUAUGCCCAAGAGUAUUUUAAAGGCUGAUUUUUUCCGCUACUUAAUAUUAUACGCCCAAGGAGGGGUUUACGCUGAUAUAGAUACACGGGGAAUUAAGCCAAUCGACUCUUGGCUUUCGAACAACAAAAAGCUAUAUAAUAAGCCCAAUACCGCAGGAUUGGUAGUUGGGAUUGAAGCUGAUCCUGAUAGACCCGACUGGAAUGACUGGUAUUCCCGUAGAAUCCAGUUUUGUCAAUGGGCCAUCCAGGCCAAAAAGGGCCAUCCGAUGCUCAAGGACCUCAUUGCCAAAAUCACUGAGCUUACGUUGGAAAGAAGCAAAAAUGGCCAGUUGAAGACGGUAUUGGGUAAAGAUGAGGGAGGUGAUAUCAUGGACUGGACUGGCCCUGGAAUCUGGACCGACUACGUGUUCGCCUACAUGAACAAUAUUCUUCAGUCGGAGGCCAAUAUUAAGACAGGCCAGUAUGAUGAGAUCAUUACAUGGGAACUUUUUACAGGAAUGCAACUUCCAAUUGGAGUUGAUGAUGUGCUAGUUCUACCUAUCACGUCUUUCAGUCCUAAUGUUGGUCACAUGGGAUCCAAGCCCACCAGUGAUCCUUUGUGCUACGUUGAACACAUGUUUCUGGGAUCGUGGAAGCACGACGAGAAACCCCAACACAAACCUAAGAAGAACCAUUAA